AUGACAACUAUACCCCCUCCUCCUUCUACUGUCCCUCCUUCUCGCACCACUUGCGCUUCUCUCCUUCACGAAUUGCAGAUAAUGUGGGAUGAAAUUGGGGAGAGUGAUGGCGAAAGGGACAAGAUACUUCUACAGCUUGAGCAAGAAUGCCUUGAUAUUUACCGCAGGAAGGUUGAAAACACCAGGAAGUCUAAAGCUAAUUUGCAUCAAUUGUUGGCUGAUGGUGAAGCUGAAAUUGCAAACAUUAUUUCUGCGCUUGGGGAAAGUGCCUCCUCAUUUUCACGGGGAAGAGGCCCACUAAAGCAGCAAAUAUCUGCUGUACACCCUGUUUUGGAGGAAUUGAGGUUGAAGAAACAAGAAAGAAGUAAAAUCUUUUAUGAGACAGAGUCGCAGAUAGCUCAAAUUUGUGCAGAGAUAGCAGGCAAUGAUCAGUCUAUCAAUUCUGCUGACCCGGAAAUCAAUGAGCAAGAUCUGACGGUGAAGAGAUUGGGAGAACUAAAGUCACACCUUAAGGAACUUCAGAAUGAAAAGAGUUUGCGGCUACAAAAGGUCAACAGCAGUGUUAAAACCAUUCACGAUUUGUCAGUGGUGAUGUCAAUCGAUUUCUUUAAGACUGUCAAUGAUGUUCAUCCCAGCUUUGGUGAUCCAUCAAAGGCUCAAUCAAAGAGCAUUAGCAAUGAAACACUUGCUAGAUUAACAAGCAUGAUACAUUCACUGAAGCAGGAGAAGCAACAAAGGCUAGAAAAGUAUCGGUGCAAUGCCUAUGGUCUAAUAGCCCUUGGCUUUGAAAUUAGUGGGUCUCCUUUACUAGUUUAUUCCAAUCCAAUUACCCAAAUAGCAAUUGGUAUUGUGCUGAUUGCUGAUUCUCCUGAUAAACUAGACAGAUUUAGCGCCUUCAAGCAUGUUGCUGGCCUUCUUCAAGGUCUGGGACGCAAACUGAUAGAGCUAUGGGACCUCAUGGACACCCCUGUUGAGGAGAGAAAAUUGGACCAUGUCACUUCCUUAAUCUCAUCCUCAGUGGAUGAUGUGUCAAGACGAGGGUGCCUUGCUGUUGAUGUCAUUGAGCAGACGGAAGUUGAAGUUGAGAGAUUAAAUGUUCUCAAAUCCAGCAAGAUGAAGGAGUUGGUGUUUAAGAGGCAAAAUGAGCUGGAGGAAAUCUACAGAGGAGUUCAUAUGGAUGUAGAUAGUGAUGCAGCUAGGCAGAUUCUCAUCAGCCUCAUAGAAUCUGGUUUCAAGCAAAACAGCUCUUGUUUUCAUAUCACUAACAUGCAUGAUCACUCACGGGGUAAUGUUGAUAUGUCUGAUCUGCUUUUGAGCAUGGAUGAUCAAAUCACAAAAGCCAAAGAGCAAGCUCUUAGUCGGAAGGAUAUCUUGGACAGGGUCGAGAAAUGGAAAUUUGCAUCUGAAGAAGAACAGUGGCUUGAUGAAUAUGAAAAGGAUGAUAAUCGGUAUAGUGCGGGAAGAGGAGCACACAAAAAUCUGAAACGUGCUGAGAAAGCACGGAUUCUGGCCAGCAAAAUACCAUGCAGAGUACAGAUAGGUCAUGGAGUGAGAUUUGGAUUGGGGGAAGGUGAACAGAUCACUUAUUGCUACCAUGUUAAUGCCAUAACUAUGGUCGAAAUUUUGACUUCUAAAGUUAAAGCCUGGGAAUUGGAGAGAAAAAUUCCUUUCUUAUAUGACAAGGCUCCCCUCGUACAUACCUUAGAGGAAUAUACUGUGCUAAGGCAGGAAAGGGAAGGGCAGAAGCGUCGAUCUCGGGAGCUGAAACGUUUGCAAGAACAGUUUGCUACUGAACAAGAAGCACUUUACGGUUCAAGGUCAGCGGUAAAGAAGCCCUUGGGUCUGAGCACCAGUGCCAACAACAUGGUUGGAACACCAACUGCUCGCCGUGGGGGCACUCCUUUUGGCCGUCAAGCAAUCUCAGCUGGAAAGGAACGUAGAGAGAGCAAGGCUCAUAAUGUAACACCGAUAAACUAUGUUGCCCUUCCAAAGGAUGAUUCGGUCACUGGAGGCUGCUAG